UGGGGGAGGGAUAGACACAGCCCCCCACCCCCAAGUUCUCCCCUGCACCCGCUUUGCCCAGGUGCAAAUGACUCCCCAGGGGGCAAGGCCGGGUGAGACCUGGGCCUGGGAAGCACCGAGGUGACUAAGUUCUGCAGGCAGCUGCAGGUCAUGUGAAACCGAACACCCAGCCAGCACCGCUCCCUGCAGCCCCCCCCACUCCCCGGCCAGGCCCAUAUGCAAAUCUGAGUAAACCCUGCAUGAAACUGACAGCCCAUAUUUUCCAGCCGCCUGCCCGACUUCCUCAAUCCAGCCAGCAUAAAAAGAACUAGCAGGCGAGCAGAGGUGCAACAUCCCGGCUCUCAUCUCCGCUUGGCGUCUCUUCGGGGCACGGAGAAGCGGUUGCUAACUUUGGUAUCCGAGAGCAGCCAUGACUUACAGGAUGUGGUGGAUCAGCCUCCUAGCCCUGCUGCUCCCGGCAGUGAAGGCCAGCGUGUACCCAGAGGAGGCGCUGGAUUCCCAGUGGGAGCUAUGGAAGAAAACCUACCACAAACAGUACAACGGCAAGAUGGACGAGCUCUCGCGGCGGCUGAUCUGGGAGAAGAACCUCAAGUACAUCACCACCCACAACCUGGAGUUCUCUCUGGGCACCCACACCUACGAACUGGCCAUGAACCACCUGGGGGACAUGACCAGCGAGGAGGUGGUGCAGAAGAUGACGGGGCUGAAGGUCCCUCCGUCGCGUGGGCCCAGCAAUGACACGGUCUACGUUCCCGACUGGGAGGAGAAGGUGCCGGACUCGGUGGACUGGAGGAAGAAGGGCUACGUGACGCCCGUGAAGAACCAGGGUCAGUGCGGCUCUUGCUGGGCUUUCAGCUCCGUCGGGGCCCUGGAGGGGCAGCUCAAGCGGCAGACGGGGAAGCUGUUGGGUCUCAGCCCGCAGAACCUGGUCGACUGCGUGACCAACAACGACGGCUGCGGGGGCGGCUACAUGACCAACGCCUUCGAGUACGUGAAGGAGAACAGGGGCAUCGACUCGGAGGACUCUUACCCCUACAUCGGCCAGGAUGAAAGCUGUAUGUACAGCCCUACCGGAAAAGCCGCCAAGUGUCGCGGGUACAAGGAAAUCCCAGAAGGGAAUGAGAAGGCCUUGAAGAGAGCUGUGGCCAGGGUGGGGCCUGUAUCUGUGGGCAUUGAUGCCAGCCUGUCGUCCUUCCAGUUCUACAGCAGAGGUGUGUACUACGAUGAAAGCUGCAACGCUGAGAACAUCAACCACGCGGUGCUGGCUGUGGGAUACGGCACCCAGAAGGGCAGCAAACACUGGAUCAUCAAGAACAGCUGGGGAGAGGGAUGGGGCAACAAGGGUUAUAUCCUGAUGGCCCGGAACAUGAACAACGCCUGCGGCAUCGCCAACCUGGCCAGCUUCCCCAAGAUGUGAGCCCGCCGCCCCGAGCACUGUUCCAAAGAAGCGGCUGGAUUCCUGAGCUGGCAUCGUGGAGUAUCCGCAUCUCUGACUCAGCGUCCGCGGCUGUCUCCUCCUCGGCUUCUGUACUAGCCUUUCGUGCUUGCCAUUUUUUUAUACUCUGCCCUUCUCCUCUUGAUUUGCAAAGUCAGACGCGGGAUCGUCCCUAUUCUAGGAGCCUCUUUCCCCCCCCCCCGCCCCAAAACGUAGCCAUCUCCCUCCCCCUGGGAUGCGUGGGUGAAAGAAUCAGUGUCUGCGGACAACAGACGCCGCUGUGGGGAUUAGAACUCUCGCCCAGCAGCUCCGGAGGAGCAGGUCUCUACCCAUAUGAGCUGUAGAACUCUAGCCACCAAAAUCCUGGAUUUGCUCCGUGGCCCCGGCGUCCCUCAUUCAUAUGCACCAGUCCGUUACAGCCUGUGUGAUGCACGCCCUGCUGCUGAGUUCUGUCCUGCCCCACUGUAGGGACAGUCAGACGCACACAGCUGAGAGGGAUCGCGUAACCCAGAUUCUGAACCCUUGGGAUGCAGCAGCAAAAGGGGGGAGGUGGCCUGGAUUCCACCUCCUGGCGGGGUUCUGCAGGUGGCUUCAUGUUCCCCCUGUCCUUGUCCACUGGAGACGUUGCCUCUCUGGGGUUGGAAGGGGAGGAUGCUUUGCUGUGUUCUGGCACACAUGGCAGCAGCUGUGCUCCCAUGCACACUUGCAGCCCUACUCCGGUGUGACAGGUUCUGGUGAGACUGACAUGAUUUUGUUUUUAAAUAAACCCAGUUGGGAAUAACCCGU